GUGGCGACGUUCCUCUGCAACCAAACAGGAAGUGGUACAGGCAGACAGAAGAAAAGUUGUCUUCAUUUCUUAGAAAUAAAUUAUAAGCAUGAAGCCGGCAGUUGAUGAAAUGUUUCCUGAAGGAGCUGGACCAUAUGUAGAUCUUGAUGAGGCAGGUGGAAGCUCUGGACUUUUGAUGGACUUGGCAGCCAAUGAAAAAGCAGUACAUGCUGAUUUCUUUAACGAUUUUGAAGACCUAUUUGACGAUGAUGAUACCCAGUGAUAAAACCCUGCUCAUUCAAGAGUUUCCUACUUCUGUUCACAUUGCAGCCUGUUUAAAAAGGACAUUGUACAAUAAAUGCAUCUAAAAUGAAUAGUGAUGUUCCUAGACCUGCAAUGACGAUUCAGUGGAAUUGCAUUAAGCACCGAUAGUGUUAAGCCAUAUUUUGUUACAAUAAAAUGCUCUAAAAGAA